AUGCUGUUCAGUACUAUAUACGCGGGGCUUCUGCUGCCUAUUGUUGCGGCCAAGGUGUCAUAUGAUGGCUGGAAAGCCUUCUCCAUCACCGCCCGCCCGUCCGACAAGGAUAUUACCAGCCUCCUCAAAGGCAUCGAUCACGUCUCGCUGAGCUGCGGGCAAAAUCACGACGUUUUUGAGGUCGCCAUUCCUCCUGCAAAACUUGAUGCCUUCAAACGUCUUGGCCUGAAAACCGCCGUUGUCAGCGACAACUUGGGCGCUGAGAUCGCACAGGAAGGGAGCUUUGGGCUAUACAAGGCUACCACCAAACUUCCUGGCGAUAAGGCGAAGCUACCUGAUAAAUCUUACUUCAAGUCCUACCAUAGCUUCGAGCAGCACCAACAGUUUCUCUCCGAUUUGCAAGCCUCGUUCCCCGAGAACUCUGAGGUCUUCACAGCCGGUAGGACCGUACAGAACAGAGAGAUCCAAGGCAUUCACCUCUGGGGCAAAGGCGAUAAGGGAAGAAACCCUGCCAUUGUUUGGCAUGCGAACUCUCACGCGCGCGAGUGGAUCAGCGGAAUGACCGUCGAGUACAUGGCGUGGAAGCUUGUCCAAGGUUACCAGAAUAAGGAUCGCCUUGUUCGAGAUACACUCAACAACUACGACAUCUACAUCAUUCCGAUCGCGAAUCCUGACGGCUUCGUUUAUACCAUAACCGACGACCGGUUGUGGCGAAAGAACCGUCAGAAGCGAGCUGGUAAGAAAUGCAUUGGCACCGAUCUCAACCGAAACUGGCCUCAUGAGUGGGAUAUCCCCGGGGGUUCCUCCACUGAUAAUUGCAACGAGACAUAUCGCGGCAUGAAGGCUGGCGAUACUCCCGAAAACAAGGCUCUGGUCAAGCAUACCAAGUCAGUUGCGCAGAAGAAUGGCAUCAAGUCUUACAUCGACUUUCACUCUUUCAGCCAGUUAAUUCUCCUGCCGUAUGGCUACACUUGCGACGCCAACAUCACCGAUAUCAACGAACAGAUGGAUCUUGCUGGCGGCGUUGCAGAUGCUAUCAAGCAGGUCAACGACUUGGAUUUUUACUGCGGUCCAACUUGUCAGACCAUCUAUCAGACUUCAGGUGGAAGCAGUGACUGGGUUUAUGAUGUUGCUGGGGCAGAGCUUGCUUGGGGAAUGGAACUUCGGCCCCAGAGGCUGAGGGGCAAUGGGUUUGUUCUUCCACCGAAGCAGAUUGUUGAGUCUGGUGAGGAGAUCUGGGCUGGAAUGAGGUAUCUCUUUGAGAAUUUCUGA